AUUUUAUACAACAACUGUUAGUAGAUUCUAUAUACUGAUCUUCAUUUCAAAUCAGUUCAUAAAAAGCAACCAUUUUAUUAUGUCACAAGAAACUGACGACUAUGUUAUUACAAUUUCACUACCGACAAAGCCUGGAUCAGACUUGGCAAGUAAACUCCUUCUGCAACACGAAGAAAUUAUCCACACAAUUGUAAAUAACGUAACUGACGGUGAUAUCAACGGAAGCAUGUACAAAGCAACAACGAACGAGUAUCCAGAUAGCAGAAAGUCAGAUGUUGUUUAUAUUCCUCAUUCAUGCAAAAUCACUGAAGCAACUUCGCCCAUUGUAGUGGAAAUCCAGCAGAUUAUUGACUGGUCGUUUAUGAGAAGACUGAUGCGUUACUGUCUAAGUAUUUGCGAUGCGCAUAAAGUAAUGCCUAAAGUAUUAGUCUUCGCCAUCAAAGGGUUUUCAAGUAAGGCCUUCUUAAAUGAGUUUACUUUGGAAAGAGGAUAUUACACUAUCAAUAGCAAGAUGUGGGCUCAGACUAUCAGAGUAUAUAGCCUUGAUUCAAUUGCCGAUUUAGUCGAUUACCAAGAAACCCUUAGACCAAUUGUAGCAUUAGUAUAUUUUCUUUGUAGUCAAGAAAAAUCAAUAAUCAGCCUUGACCUGUGUGAUGAUGCCGAAAUAAGGAAACUUUAUGUCUUAGCAGAGGAAAUAUUUUCGGAUUAUAUUGUGAACGAGAAAACAGCAGAUGAUUUUGCUUUGGAUAUAAUCAAGAAAACAAGCUCUCAAUUCUCUAAAAUAAUAUCAUGUGCUGAAUCUUCAAAUCAAUCCUCAUUGAAAAAAAUAAUUGCAUAUGCAAAAAAUGGAGUGGAGUACACAAGCAAAAAAAGAAAACUAUUUGUCGGCGAUACAGAAAAAUCUCCACAUGUAACACCAGUAGAGGUAGAAGAUAGUGCUGAUCUACACUUUGUAAAACAAUACCUUGCAGCAUUAAAUGGCCAAAAAACUGACUGGAAGAAAUGUUACGAGCAAGAUUAUAGACUGUUGUUACUUAUUGAAAAUAAAGCGAAGUUCAAAACUAUUAUCUAUUUCUAAAUGCUUAACGACUACAGUAAUAUGAUAGUAGCUGUGAUGACUAAUAUGAUGAAGACAGUGGCUACGAUGGCUACGAUGAUGGCUACGAUGAUGGCUACGAUGAUGGCUACGAUGAUGGCUACGAUGGCUACGAUGAUGGCUACGGUAAUGGCUACGAUGGCUACGAUGAUGGCUACGAUGAUGGCUACGAUGAUGGCUACGAUGAUGGCUACGAUGAUGGCUACGAUGAUGGCUACGAUGAUGGCUACGAUGAUGGCU